GCAAAGGAUUCCCCCGUGGUCAAAGUCUACGGCCUCCGCACGUACUCUAAAGUGUGAUUCAUCUUUUUCGAUGAUGACCAGACACACGGGUACUUCAAUGUCUCCCUCCUCGACAACACACGGGAGAAUCGCGCCAUGAUGUUAUCCGUCCAGGACGCUGUGCGUGAUAUGAGGCAAUGGUGGAUCGACAACAAUAGGAUCGAGGCAUCCAAAGCUAAGGUCAGCCAGAAGGAUGUCGUCGUCGUUGCACAUCUGAAAAAGUGGCAGAACUUCCUGAGGGCCUGCAUGGGGAAGGCGUUUGACAAGGCGUUCGUGAAACAGGCACUCGACAACGAAUACAGCAAGGAUUGGAGUAACAAACUCCAGGGGUACCUGAACCUCGCCACGUCCACCCGCACGGUUUGGCCGCUGGUGGAGAAGUUCUUCGCGAUGUUCGAGGAGGGUAAGCUGCCAAUCGGCGACGACAAGAUCCCACUUGAGAUGUCGGGGAGGAUGGACGGGUGCCUGCCCGGACCGUACACUGACGAGAACAAGGGACAACGGACUUUGUACCACCAAAUAUAUGCGAGAGAUGGUCCCAAGGGCUCCACUGUGUCCUGGAAGGAUUUGUGUCCUACGUACUUCAAGAACUUUGGGGACAUGACAUGCUGUCAGAGAGAAGUCGCGCUACUCCUGCUCAUGUCGGGGAAAGUGGUGGCAACAAAAGUGAGAGUCACACCUCCGACGGUGAACACAGAGUGCCUCCUCGACAUUAUGCGCAAGGAGAGAUACAUGGUCCGCAUGUUCAACUAUGCCGUGUUUCACGCCGAGGGAAGAGUAGAGGAAGAAUGGAACGACGACUUCUUCAUGUCGUACAAGAACCUGGAAGAGAGGUAUGCUUCAAACGGGUUAUGCGCAUAUGAAUGGGAGAAGGAACGAGAGAAGCUGCAUAGCAACUUAAUGAAGACGAUCCCUCGGCGACUUGGAGGAGUGGAGGAGGCAAGGCAAGGUGAGGGCUUGGGGCAUAUAGAAGUGAUGUACAAGGAGGCUCCGUUUCACUUCAAUGUCUUUAUAUACACCGCGAUCGAUAAGCUCGAUAUGCUUCAAGCGAAGGUGAAACGGAUCGCCUUAAGUGCACGCCAUCUUGUGUGGGACAAACUCGGCAGGCAGACCACAUUGCUUCCUGUAUGCAUGCGGUCAAAGGAGUUUAUGGCGGCGCCCGUCGACAUCGUCGCCGCCGCACAAAAAAUGGCAUGCACGGCCGCCAUCGUGGACAUCUCGGCCGCGAAUUUCAGCAGUGCAUGGACCUCGCAGGACUUCGAUGCACUGUACGCAAUGAUGGCGAAGUGUUCUGGUCCAAAUUGGGUCCUCUUCUUCUUUGCACCGCAGAAUGUGCAAAGUGAUGUCUUGCGUCAAUUGUACCGUUGGGAGGACAUCGAGCUCAUCCCUGUUAAGGAUGGGAGAUUCGAGUGCCGCCUCGAGAAGCCGCGUGCCACACAUCGCACCAACAGGGAUAUGUACCACAAGUUGGGACCGAAGAGACUGAAGGUGUGGGAAUACAUGUUUCGCGAUGCGCCGGAUGAAUAUAGGAAAGCCAAGGUGACCGAGACCCUCAAACAUUAUCACGGUGUGAGGAAACCCGGGGAAGGGUCGCCUACGGUUCGCCGAAGCCAAGGGCAUCGGCGCCUUUCACUCGCCGUGCCCGCCUUCGAGGUCCUCGGCGAUCAGCAGGGUGAUGGCCUCAGCACUCACCUGCUGCAUGGCCAUUAUGAGUUUCAUGUCCGAAGACUCUCGCAGCCGGUAGGAUUAUAAUGAGAUUAAUUAAUCAGAAAUAUUCGCCGUUCUUCGGGCUCGCCUUUAGCGGUAGGGCCCCCCAACCCCCGUCACUCUCUCUCCGUCUCAUCAGCCUCACAUACUCUAGGGGUUCAACCGGGCUCAGACGCCCAGUUCGUUGUAUCAGACUCAAAAGUUCCCAAGCGUUCUCAGGCUUAACCAAGUAUCCCCGUACAACUCAAAAGAAGAGAUUAAAUAAAUUAUACUUUAAAUG